AUGAAUACUUGUUCUUUCUUUUCAAACUAAAAUUCUAAAUUUGAAUGGAUGUUCUCAAAGUUUCCCAUCAUUAAUUAGCAAUAUUAGUUAACAGAUGAAUUCAAUGUUGUUAGAAAUGGAAUUGUAAAACAAAGAUAAUUUCAUUUGAUAAACAACUAUCUGAUAAUCAAAUCUAAAAAAGUACUACUUUCAUUUAUAAUAGGGUAAAACUAAAUGGGUGAAUUACGAAAAUGCUAAAUUAAUGAUUGUUAAUGAUGACUUAUAUGGAUAUGGUUUAUCAUUAUAAAAAGGAAAUGAUAAGUUUGAGUUUUUUGGAGAUGUGGAAAUUUGGUUUAAUUCAAUGAGAAGAUUUGCUAUAUAAUCAGAUUUUGACUUUUUUUAUGUAUUAGAAAAGUAAAUUGGAAGUGGUAGCUUUUCAUAAGUAAAUUAUUAUAUAAUGUUAGGUUUUCUUAGCUAGGAAUAAAUAUGAUGGUCAUGAAUAUGCAGUGAAAUAUAUUAUUAAAAAAGAGGAGAUUGUUGAAAUUGAUAAAUAACAAUUAGUGAAAGAGAUCUCAAUUCUUCGCUAAUUGUAACAUUAAUCUAUUAUAAAAUUACAUGAAACUUUUGAAACUAAUGAUGCAGUGUAUUUAGUGAUGGAAUAUUUUAAAGGAGGAGAUUUUUUAUAAUUUAUAGAAGAAAAGUAAGAUGGAAUGUUUACAGAAGAACAAAUAGCAAUAAUUAUUUAUAAAUUAUUAAAGGUUAUCCAUUACUUACAUCAUAAAGGAAUCAUGCAUAGAGAUCUAAAACCUGAAAAUAUAUUAUUUAAGGAAAAAGGAGUGAUAGAAUCUUUAUGUUUAGGUGAUUUUGGAUUAGCAGAUUUUUAUAAUAAAGAAGGUAAUUACUUAUUUACAAGAUGUGGAACACCUGGUUAUGUGGCACCAGAAUUACUUUAAGAUUAAUAAUAUGAUUAUAAAGUAGAUAUAUUUAGUAUAGGAAUUAUAAUGUUCAUAUUAUUAACAGGUAAAGAACCUUUUUAAGGAGAUUAUCAUUAAAAGGUUCAACAAAAUUAUUUUGGAAAUAUAGAUUUAUAGAAUAUUAAAAACUUAACUGAUAUAGGAAAAGACUUUCUAAGAAGAAUAUUAUAAGUAAAUCCAUAAAAAAGAUUGAAUGCCAAUUAAGCUUUAUAUCAUUAUUGGUUUUAGAUGUUUAAAUUAGCAAAACCAAUGCUUUUGACCAAUAAUAAUAAAGUUAAGAGUAUGAAAAGAUUAUCAUAAAUUGAAAUUAAAAAUCCUUCAUUAAAUAUGCUUGCCCUUAUUAGUCCUAGAUUAUCAAGAUAAUAAUCUAAAGAUAAAGAUAAAGGUUCACUUCCCUUGAGUCCUAAUCCCCAUCCAUAAAAUUGUUUUACAAAUCGUUAAUAAUAUUCACCUAGAAUGAGUACACAUUUUACACUAAAUUCUUUGGUUCUUGCAAACAAAGAAAAAUAAUGUCUUAGAUCUAGAAUAUAAAAUUUGAUGAAAUAUUGA